AUGAUUUAUAAGAAGAAGCCUAGGACAAAAGUCUCGCAGAGAGAGAGAGCUCGGCGGCGCCUCCUCACCUUCCGCCGCCAGCCGCUCCGAUCGGCGCCUCCCCGUGCGUCGCCGGAGACUCAGCCGCUUUCCCCUCCUCUCUCUCUCAACCUCAUUUUCGCAAACCAACUCAAAACCCUACUCCAACUUUCUCUUCUCUCUCGGCGGUGCCGCCGCCUCACCCGCUCGCCGUCAGCUCGGCGUCAAUUUGCGACGAUCUCGUGCCGCCGUCGUCGCUGGAAGAUUUUGGAACCAACGCCGCCAUCGGUCGCCGCCUCUUCUCUGUACAGAGCUGCCGCCGCUAGCGUGCAUGUACCGGCGGCAGCUUCGGCCUCCACCCCGCCUCGCUCCACCGGCUAUCGACAGGUUUGCAAAGGCUGUGGCUUUAGUGAUGGAUUAGAGGUGUGGGGUUGUCAAAGCUGUCUCCCGGGUACUUUAGAGCCGUCGCCGGAGUUGUCCAGCCGGGUAACCUGCCGCUCGUGGGGUCCCCGUUGCCGUCUACGGUGGUCUCCGAGGGAUCCCCUCGUUCUUUAAGGUGAAAGAAAAGGCUUGGCUGCCUUGCUGCUGCUUUGAGACGUGGGCCAUGCUAUCCCGGGCUCGACGGCUCGUUCGGAUAUGGCGCGGUGGUAGUGCGGCGUGGGCUCGGGAAAAGAAGUCCAAGUGCAAGCUACCCUAGACUUUAUUUCCUUGAGCUUUUGGUUCAUUCAAGAGUAUUGUAACAUUAAUAUCCCAUCUCAUCCUUUUGUAAGACCAUCAUGAACUUCCAAAGAAACAAAUUUUUGGGCAUUAUGUGGACCUUUUCUUUCGGGAACA